AUGCACCACGGGGAUGGCUUAGGCUACUGCUCCAGCUGCUGUUACUCCAGCUACUGCUCCAGCUGCUGUUACUACAACUACUGCUGCUCCAGCUGCUGUUACUACAGCUACUGCUGCUCCAGCUGCUGUUACUACAGCUACUGCCACAGCUGCUGCUACUCCAGCUACUGCUGCUCCAGCUGCUGUUACUACAGCUACUGCUGCUCCAGCUGCUGUUACUACAGCUACUGCCACAGCUGCUGCUAUUCCAGCUACUGCUCCAGCUACUGUUACUACAGCUACUGCCACAGCUGCUGCUACUCCAGCUACUGCUGCUCCAGCUGCUGUUACUACAGCUACUGCUGCUCCAGCUGCUGUUACUACAGCUACUGCCACAGCUGCUGCUGCUCCAGCUGCUGUUACUACAGCUACUGCUCCAGCUGCUGUUACUACAGCUACUGCUGCUCCAGCUGCUGUUACUACAACUACUGCUGUUACAGCUGCUGUUACUACAGCUACUGCUGCUCCAGCUGA